UAGGUUUUUAUUGUUAUAUAUAUCAUUACGAGUGGUUAUUCUGUAAUCCUCGUUUCAUACAACUAGGCUCCUUGUGUGUACACUUCCUUCCUGUUUCGGCACAGUUCAACAGGAUUUGUUUAUUUUGUUGUAAACAUCUAGGAUUUACUUGUCUAUCCAUUGACAUUUAGUAAUACAUGCACAGGACUUGGGUGAAAUAAGAAAAAGUGUGUGUUGAUCACUGCCUUCUGAGAAGGAGAGAAGGUGAAAAAGGAUUAGGAUUUAUUUUACACACAUCUUUAGAUAGUGAAUACUGCAUAAAGAACAACCAUGGGAAAUUCCUCAGGAAAAAACAAGAAAAAAUCUAAGUCAGGAGAAGACCAAGCAAACAAUGAUCAAACGGAACAAAAGGAAGAAGCAGUCAAUGGCACUGGAGAAGACAAGGCUGCAGAGGAGGGAGCCAAUGGAAAAGAAGAAGACAAAGCAGGGGAUGGUGAAGAGGGAGGAGAAAAGAAGGAAGAAGAUUCAAAGAAAUCAGGAGGACUUGUGCCACUGGGCGCUGAUUACCAGUCACCAUGGAAAUAUGUGGCAAUGAAUGUCCUUGGUGUUUUGUGGUAUUUGGUGUGUAUGUUUGUCAACCCAUUGUCUGUAUAUUUCUGUCAGGGAAGUGAAAAGAAAAAAGAAGAAAAUGCAAGUGAGAAAUCACCAGAAAAAACAAACACUGAUAAAACUGAGGAAAAGAGUAGUGAGCCAAACUCAGAGAAAACUACAAAUGAGGCUAAAGAAUCAAAAGACCCGGAGACAUCACAGUCUCCUAAUGAACAAAUAUCUGAAAAUGUGUCUGGCUCAGUAGAUAAUCAAACCAAGGCAGCUGAACAGUGUGCUCAAAGUGACAAUGCUGCAGAACCAAGUCCACCUCUUGCUCAACCAGAAGAUGAAGAAUUAGGUACAGAACCAGAACCACCUGAGGAGGAAAAAGUUGAUGAAAAAGCUGAAGAGCAGCCUUUAGAAUCCAGAGACUCACAACCAAAAGAGCCAGAAAAACAACCAGAAGAGGAAAAUUCUACCAAGGAUGAAAAACCUUCAGAAGAUGAGAAACCUAAGGAAUUGAUUGAAGAAAAGUCUCAGGAGACUAAGGAACACUCAGAAGAUAUUGUUUCAGAAGAACCCACAUCUGUUCAAGAUGAUCCUGCAGACCAGGUGGAAGAGCAACCAGUUACAGGUGCUGAAAAACAAUGUGAAGAAUCAGUUAAAGAGGAAGUCCAAGAGAAAACUGAAGAACCUUGUAAAGAGGAACCUUCAGAGGCAGCUGAGGAGCCAAGUAAAGAGGAAGCUGUAUGUACAGAAGACAGAGUACCAGAGACUGCUCAACAGCAACAGACAGAAUCAGACAUGGUGAAGACUGAGGAGGAAAAACAACCUCAAGAGGAACCAAAGGAAACAGAGGAGGAACCAAAUUCAGAGGAAGUUCAACAACAAGACAAAAAUGAACAAAAUCCUGAGGAGGAGGACUCAGCAGAGGAUCCAAAAUUGGAAGAGGACAACCAAAAACAGGAAGAAGUUGUUGAGGAUGAAACUCCCAAGGAACAGGAGCCUGAAUCCAAAGAUAAAUCAAGUGAAGAAACACCUAAACCAGAUGAAACACCCAAACCUGAUGAAUCUCCCAAACCAGAUGAGACACCCAAACCUGAUGAACCAAAACCAGCUCCUCAGGAGGAAGUAAAGCAGGAACCCACUGCCGAGGAAUCAAAAGAGGCGGAGCCGGCUCCCAAGGAGGUUUGUGAACCACCUCCAACUGAACAAGAACCUCCUGCAGCUGAACCAGAAACACCUGCAGUUGAACCAGAAACACCUACAGCUGAACCAGAAACACCUGCAGCUGAACCAGAAAAACCUGCAGCUGAAUCAGAAUCAACAGAACCUCCUGUAACUGAACCAGAACAGGCUGAACAGAAUGCUGUGGAAAAUGACGAGAGUGAGAAAUUUGCCACAGAAUUUAGAUGGGAAGAGGAUGGGGAGACAGUCAAAGUAUCAGGUUCUUUUAAUGACUGGAAGGAGCAAGUGCCUUUGGAGAAAAAUGGUGAUAAUGUGUUUCUGACCAAAAUUGAUCUACCCAAGGGAGAGUACCUUUUCAAAUUUAUUGUGGAUGAGAAAUGGGUUGUCAGCUCAAAACUGCCAACCAAAGCUGGAGAUGAUGGAUUGGAAAACAAUAUUAUCACAGUGUCUGGCUAGCAUGCUAGCCAUCUCCCCUUCCUAAAAAAAACAUGCACCAUAAUGUUCGGACUUGUUCUCUGUGACAUUCCAAGCAUACAGACAGAUUUUGAUCAGCGGAUUUAUUCUCUCUUGAUUCUGACAAAUUUUGAUCAUGACUCCCAAAGGAAAUCAACUUGUUUUUGUUUUGUUUGUUUGGGGUUUUUUUUUUGAUUAUUUUUUUAUUAUUAUUUUUUUUUUUUUUUUUUGGGUCAAACAUUAUCAUGAAGGUUUCUGAGUUGAAUUUUGCAAAUGCAAGCUGAACGAGUGUUUUUUUUUUUUUUUUUGACAGAUUACUGAAUGUAAUAGCAAUGCAUCUGUAUAUUUUAGAUGCUUAACUCAUGCCUCAUACUUUGAUCCAUGCUUGUGUUAAUUUUAUGCUUUAAAAGUAUGAAUGUGUGUGUGUUUUUGAUAAUGUUAGCAUAAUCAAAUAUUUACAAAUAUUUAUUCUCUUAAAAAAUUCUUAGUAGUGAGACUUAAUGAAAUCUUUUAUGCAUCUGCAUAUAAUUUAAUUGAAGCUGGAUAUUCUGUUAAUUCUGCUUAUUGCAGAAUGGUAUCAUUCCUCAGACUGUUUUUAUCUGUUUAAUUUUAUUCCUCCUUUAAGUAUUACUGCAUUAAAAAAAUUCAUUAACUCUCCAUAAUCUUUUGACAACCUUUAACCCACCCACCCCACCCCACAAAAAAAAAAACCCAGACGUCUGAAGAAGUAGAUCACAUUUGUGUGUCCACUAUUUUGAAUAGUUACAGAGAUUAAUAUUUUUGAGUAUAGUGCAGGUCUGUCUGAAUUUAAAGAGGAAAAACCAGGUCAACUGAAUUGCACCUCAGUAAUUUCAGACCUUAUUUCUUUCAAUCAGAUAGCUUAGAUGUUGUGUUAGAAGUAGGGAGGUACUUUAAUCAAAGUGUUCUGGACCCUUUAUGUGUGACUGAACUGGU